UCGCUGAAACUAUUAAAUUGGAUUAUAAUCACAAUUUCAAAUAUAGAAAGAAACUGGGUCUCUCUUACUUUGCUCCAAAAUUUCUGAAGAGUGGCCGCCAAGGAACUGUCUCCCUUUAAUAGAAAACCUCACAAAUUUACUCAUCCCUCCGUCGUCUGAAGAUCAGUCUUUCUCUGCCGGCAUUUCCGAUCGUCCAAUAUCCCUACUAAAAAACCUCAUAAUGGGUGUUAUUCUUGGUCCACCGGAAGUUUACAAUCCCACGGCAACCGCCGGCAUCGCCGAAUCAUCGGGCUCAGAUUCCGACUCUUUCAUGGAUGGCAUGGAGAAGAAUUUCAACCUCUCCGACAAAGACUCCGAUUCACCUCCGAUGGGGCUGACGCAGAACAACUCGCUCACCUAUCUCUCCACCAAAAACCCAUGUCUGGACUUCUUCUAUCAGAUCGUCCCCGGCGCCGACCGUCGCACCAUUCACGAGGGUCUCCGGCGGUCGUGGGAUCACAACCCCCUCACCACUCUCAAGCUCAUCUGCAAUCUCCGUGGACUCCGCGGCACCGGAAAAUCGGACAGGGAAGGGUACUACGCAUCGGCUUUAUGGCUUCAUGGACUCCACCCCAAAACCCUAGCCUGCAAUUUGAGGGAAAUGGCGAAAUUCGGCUAUUUCAAAGACUUUCCGGAGCUUCUCUACCGGCUUAUCGAAGGUGAAGAGGUUAGGAAAAUUAGAAAAAGCCAGCAUGAGCUCAAUAAGAGUAGAAUGAAACGUAAGAGACGUAGAUACGUUGCUCCUGAUGAGAAGAAGAAGCAGCCAUUGACAGAGGCUCAAAGGGAAGCUCGGGUUUUGGCUAAUCAGAGGAAACACAUGGCUGAGAAGGCGGCAGCAAGUCGAGCAAGGGAAUCUGCUAAAGCCGAGAAGGCAAAAAGGGCCAUCCUCAGAUACAAACACGACCCAGAUUACAGAUACUUACACGACUCCAUCUCUGAUCUCUUCGCUGAGUUUCUGAAGAAAGAUUUGGAAUCAUUGAAUCAAACUGGAUCUCCUAUGAUCAGCCUGGCUGCAAAGUGGUGCCCAUCAUUGAACUCACCAUUCGAACGAUCCACACUCUUGUGCGAAAGCAUUGCGCGAAAGAUCUUCCCGAAAGAACAACACCCCGAAUAUCAAACACUUGAAGAAUCACAGUAUGCCUACCGUGUUCGGGAUCGUUUGAGGAAGGAGGUCCUUGUUCCUCUCCGGAAGGCUCUGCAAUUACCCGAGGUCUACAUGGGGGCCCAGAAUUGGGGCUCGAUCCCCUACAACCGAGUCCCCUCCAUUGCGAUGAAGGUGUACGAGAAGCAAUUUCUUAAACAUGACAAGGAUCGAUUUGAGGAGUAUCUCAACGACGUGAAAUCCGGGAAUGCAAAAAUUGCAGCGGGUGCGCUUCUCCCUCAUGAGAUUAUCAAAUCCCUAGGCGAAGAUGGUACAGGAAGUUCUGUUGCAGAGGCACAAUGGAGGAGAAUGGUUGACGAUCUGACGAAAAGGGGGAAGCUGAGGAACUGUCUUGCAGUUUGUGACGUUUCUUCUUCAGAGCUAUCAAUGGUGCAGAGGGACGUGAGUCUGGCGUUGGGUCUUUUAGUAUCCGAACUAAGUGAAGAGCCAUGGAAAGGGAGGGUAAUCACCUUCAGCUCAAAGCCAAAGCUUCACAAAAUCAAGGGAGACACCCUUCUGUCAAAGGUUGAUUCUGUCAAGAAAAUGAAAUCCGGAUCAAGGCCCGAUUUCCAAAGGGUGUUUGAUGCUAUUCUUGAAGUUGCUGUCAAGGGGAAUUUGAGAGAAGACCAGAUGAUAAAAAGGCUGUUUGUUUUCAGCGGCAUGGAUUUCAAACAUGCACUCUCUAUGAGAGAUGAGUCCUCUGAUGAAGAGGGUGAUGACGUCUUCAAGGUACGGAUGAGAAUGAGACGGAUGAUGGCGAGACGGAUGAUGGAUUGGGAAACAGAUUACGAAGCGAUCGAGAGGAAGUUCAAGGAGAAAGGCUACGGGAAUUGCAUUCCUGAGAUGGUGUUUUGGAACUUGUCAGAUUCUAAAUCCACGCCAGUCGUGGGGAAUCAGAAAGGAGUGGCGUUGGUUAGCGGCCAUGCUAAGAAUAUGUUGAAAACAUUCUUGGAAGGUGAUGGUGUGAUUGAUCCUCUUACCAUAAUGGAGUCUGCCAUUUCCAGAGAAGAGUAUAGCAAUCUUGCUGUCUUUGAUUGAUUUGAUCAUCCAAGCAUAAAUAACAUGAAAAAAAUUGUUCUGCUCGAAAAAGCUUUGUUAAGGCGUUUUAGCAAAAUAAUGUGCUUUCUUGUUAAUUCCAAUAUCGGAUUUCUUGCAUCACUGACUUCAAAGAAUUUUCGCUAAUAUUAGUAGCAGUUUAGUUUGAUCAUCUGCGUAGUACUGGUUUCAUAAGCCUGCCAAUUGACAGACAUUACUUAAACCUUAGCUUUUGUGCUGCAAUAUAAAGUUUUUUUGUGAGG